CUUGCUAGCUGCGCAAAUAUCUCGAUCUUUUUCAGUGGAAUUUUCCAGAAACAAGCGCCGUAUAAAAUCGGAUGCACGUGACCUUUACAGUCAAUUUACUGCCUGCUACGUCUCCGAUAACACAUGUGACUUUACCUGAAGAGUGAAUAAUAAACCAGAUCACAAUGCCAAGCAACAAAGCGAUCCUUGGAAUUUCCCGCGAAUAUUACAACCCGUGGGAACGACGGGCGGCCUUGUCUCCCGACCACGUAGCAAGUCUCGUGAAGGAGGGAGUGCAAGUGCUUGUUCAACCCUCCAAACGCCGUGGGUACACGGAGAAGGAAUACCAAGAAGCGGGGGCUGAGAUUCGAGAAGAUUUGUCGGACGCUACCUUGAUCACUAGUAUCAAGCAGAUUCCAGAGGAGUAUCUCAUUCCCAACAAAACGUACUCUUUCUUUUCACACACCAUCAAGGCGCAGGAACACAACAUGCCGCUGCUUGACGCCAUUCUGGAAAAGAACAUACGUAUCGUGGACUACGAGAAGUUAGUGGACGGUCCAGGAGAGUGGCCGGCCAAAGCCAUGAGUAGAUAUGCCGGUAUAGUUGGCAUGGUGGAUGUUCUCAGCGGGCUGGGACUGAGACUGUUGGCACUGGGAUUCAACACACCUCUACUGCAUAUUAGCCAAGCCUACAACUACCCCUCUUAUGAAGACGCUAAGAAGAGGCUCGCACAAGUCGGGAGAGAGAUAGCUGAGAGUGAUAUGUUUGUAGGGCCUUUGACUUUCAUCUUCACGGCUACAGGAGAUGUGUCCAAGGGUGCGCAAGAGAUGUUCAAGCUCUUCCCUCAUGAAUAUGUGGAACCAGACAGACUUCAAGAAGUUGCCAAGAAAGGAUCCAAGAAUAAGUUCUACGCAACUGUUGUCAGCCGUAGGCAUCGUUUGAGGCGGAUCCAAGAUGGCGGAUAUGAUGAAGCAGAGUUUACUGCCCAUCCAGAACGCUACAGAGACGUUUUUGCCACUAAGUUUGCACCAUACGCGAGUGUAAUCGUCAAUGGAACAUAUUGGGAACCGGGACAACCCCGACUGAUUAGCGACUCGGACGCCAUGACGUUGUUGGCGCGGAACCCUAACGCUCCCACUAAUUUGACCGAUGUUGGCGGGAACCCAGUCCUACCUCGUCGUUUGCUUGCUAUUUCUGACAUCUCGGCAGACGAGGACGGCUCCAUCCAGUGGACAAAGGAAUGCACACAGCAAGAUACGCCAUACUACAUUUACGACAAACAUGGAAAAACGACGCACAACGGCAUGACAGCUGACGGAGUGUUGAUGUGUUCUGUUGACAACAUGCCAGCUCAGUUCCCAAGAGACGCUACCGACUACUUCGGCGACCUCUAUCUGCCGUUUGUAAGAGAACUGCUGAGAACUGAUGCUACAAGCAGUUUUGAGGACUUCACCGAGCAAGUCUGUCCUGCUUUGGUCAACAGCGUCAUAGCAACCAAUGGCCGACUAGCACCCUCCUAUGAAUACAUCAAAGCUCUUAGGAAGAAGAUGGAGGAAGAGAAGAGGAAGAAGACGAGAAGAGAACAUUACAUCGGGAAUUGGAAUGGCCACGUUUGAAUGAAGCAGAUGGUGUUUUUUCAGUUCUAACCUGAAACGCCAGGCACUAUGAUGAAGCACACUCUUAACGUUUCCUAGCGGAGGCUUUAUGAUAAAGAUUUUUGCUUAUCACAUUGAGGAUGAUUGAAAAACUUUAUACAAAUAUUUUUUCAUUCACAAGAGCUGUGUAGAGCUGUGAAGUUUUGUAUAGAGAUUGUAAUAAUAUAUCUAUAUACAUAUAAAUAUUUUACUAUAACUAAGUUAUACUUUUCAUGUUUUGAUAUUAUUUUUGUUAAUGAUUUUAAUGAAUAGUUUUAAUAAGGUUUAAAUGCAGCAAGGUAUAUUAACCAAUAACUGUGGCAUUGCAAGGCAUAGAAUUUUAGAUGGAUUGGAACUUUUGAAAUUUCAAAAUAUGAAAGUGAUGAUAAUGCGGAGAAUAAAGCCUGAUCGUUUUGAAUAGCAACAUGAAAUUAUCAAAGAUUAUAUCAGGUUGAUAAAUAUCAGUGUAAUGUCUGUCAAUUAAAGGGAUGUAUGCACUGUCUGUAUGUGUAGGCCUACUAACGGAUCGAGUGUUAUAUGACAGUUGUUUUAUUUACUUUACGGUGUUAAAAAAUGUUUUAUGUUGUACAAAAUUAAUUAGAGUAAAACUCACUGCUUAAUCUCAUAAGAAAAAAAAAAGAUCUGGAAGUUUUGCAUUCUUUGUUUUGUAUGUAAACAUCUGUAAAAUAUUGAAUAAAUAUGUGUUGA